AUCCAGGCUUCUGUGGCGAGGGGGCACCCUGGACCUGGGAGCACCUUGCCUCGCUUCCCAGUGAAAUGUCAGGAAGCCACACGCCUUCUGGUGGGGGCCCUUUCUCUGCCCUGACCCCAAGCAUCUGGCCCCAAGAGAUCCUGGCCAAGUACACUCAGAAAGAAGAAUCAGUGGAGCAACCAGAGUUCCGUUACGAUGAGUUUGGUUUCCGCGUGGACCAAGAAGACGGUGCUGAGCCCAACUCCAACCGGCUGCUGGGCGUGCCCCUGACCGAGGACCCCCAGCAGCGACUGAGAUGGCAGGCCCACCUGGAGUUCACCCACAACCACGAUGUGGGCGACCUGACCUGGGAUAAGAUCGAGGUCUCCCUGCCGCGCUCCGACAAGCUGCGCUCCCUGGUGCUGGCGGGCAUCCCGCACAGCAUGAGGCCCCAGCUGUGGAUGCGGUUGUCAGGAGCCCUGCAGAAGAAGAGGAAUUCGGAGAUGUCGUAUAGAGACAUUGUGAAGAACAGCUCCAACGACGAGACCAUUGCUGCCAAACAGAUUGAGAAGGACCUGCUCCGCACCAUGCCCAGCAACGCCUGCUUCUCCAACAUGAACAGCAUCGGGGUGCCCCGCCUGCGCCGGAUCCUGCGCGGGCUCGCCUGGCUCUACCCUGACAUCGGCUACUGCCAGGGCACCGGCAUGGUGGCGGCCUGCCUGCUGCUCUUCCUGGAGGAGGAGGAUGCCUUCUGGAUGAUGUGCGCCAUCAUCGAGGACCUGGUGCCCGCCUCCUACUUCAGCACCACCCUGAUGGGGGUUCAGACCGACCAGCGGGUCCUGCGCCACCUCAUCGUGCAGUAUUUGCCCCGCCUGGACAAGCUGCUCCAGGAGCACGACAUCGAGCUGUCCCUCAUCACCCUGCACUGGUUCCUCACGGCCUUCGCUAGCGUGGUGCAUAUCAAGCUGCUUCUGCGCAUAUGGGACCUCUUCUUCUACCAAGGCUCCCUGGUGCUGUUCCAGACCACGCUGGGGAUGCUGCGGAUGAAGGAAGAGGAGCUGAUCCAGUCGGAGAACUCGGCGUCCAUCUUUAACACCCUGUCGGACAUCCCGUCCCAGAUGGAGGACGCGGAGGCCCUGCUGGGGGAGGCCAUGCGCCUGGCGGGCUCCCUCACCCAAGUGGCCGUGGAGACCCAGCGUCGCAAGCACCUGGCCUACCUUAUCGCCGACCAGGGCCAACUGCUCAGCUCCAGCGCCGCCGUCAACAACCUCUCCAAGAUUGUCCGGCGCAGGACCCAGCGCAGGAAAUCGGGCGAGGACGACUUGGAGGUGCUGAAGGCGAAAAACAUAAAGCAAACGGAGCUGGUGGCCGCCCUGCGCGAGGCCAUCUUGCAGGUGGCCCGACACUUCCAGUGCGUGGACCCCAAACACUGCAACAUUGAGCUGACCCCGGACUACUCCAUGGAGAGCCACCAGCAGGACCACGAGAAGUACGUGGCCUGUCUCCGCAGCCACCGGCGCCGCGCCAGGGCCCUGCUGGACUUCGAGCGCCAUGAUGACGACGAGCUGGGCUUCCGCAAGAACGACAUCAUCACGAUUGUAUCCCAAAAGGAUGAGCACUGUUGGGUGGGGGAGCUGAACGGCCUGAGAGGUUGGUUUCCUGCCAAGUUUGUGGAAGUCCUGGACGAAAGGAGCAAAGAGUACUCCAUCGCCGGAGACGACUCCGUGACAGAAGGGGUGACGGACCUGGUCCGCGGGAGCCUCUGCCCGGCCCUCAAGUCCAUUUUCCAACACGGGCUGAAGAAGCCGUCGCUGCUCGGGGGCCCCUGCCACCCCUGGCUGUUCAUCGAGGAGGCCGCAGGCCGGGAAGUGGAAAGAGACUUUGAUUCCGUUUACUCCCGCCUAGUGCUCUGCAAGACGUACAGGUUGGAUGAAGAUGGUAAAGUCCUGACUCCCGAGGAGCUGCUCUAUCGAGCGGUGCAGUCGGUGAACAUGACACACGACUCCGCUCACGCUCAGAUGGACGUGAAGCUGCGCUCGCUCAUCUGCGUUGGGCUCAAUGAGCAGGUCCUGCACCUGUGGCUGGAAGUGCUGUGUUCGAGCCUGCAGACCGUGGAGAAGUGGUUCCACCCGUGGUCCUUCCUGCGCAGCCCCGGCUGGGUCCAGAUCAAGUGCGAGUUGCGAGUCCUCUGCCAUUUCGCAUUCAGCCUCUCCCAGGAUUGGGAACUUCCCUUGAAGAGAGAGGAGAAAGAGAAGAAACCUUUGAAGGAAGGGGUGCAGGACAUGCUGGUGAAACACCACCUCUUCAGCUGGGAUAUAGAUGGCUGAUCUCCCCUCCCGUCUUCCCGAGUUCUGUGCUCCCCUCCCCGCCCCCUCCCCUACGGUUCACCCCCAGUAGACUUGCCAGCUCCAUCAAUCCACCGGUCACCAAAGCAGCCUCCUCAGCUCUGGGCUUUUGGCCCGUCCAGGCUGAGGCCCUCUGCUUUGGGGCCGGGGCCCCGAGAGGGUGGAUGGGGGCCACUGCUGGCUACUUGUCUACUUCCCCUACCCUCGACACCCAGCAGCGGGCACAGUUUUGUUCUCCGUCACCGCCGGGCCCUCCGCCCCCUUUCCUCCGCACCUGCCACUGUGAGGUGGAGAGAGCAGGCAGGCUUACCCCUGGGUUCUCCGGAUCCAGGGAGCAGCUUAGCUCCUGCCGGUCUCCCGCUGCCCGUUCCCAGCACCCCCGGGGCGCGGGCUGUCCCUGGGGCCAACAGUGAGAAAGCAAGGAGCCAGCCAGGGAUGCCCUCCUCCCGCGGGGCAGAAAGCAGUGCUUGGAACGAGGUAUGUGACCCCCCUCCCCUCCCCUUGGUUGGCUGUCUCUUGCAUUUCAUUUGGUGGCAGGGGCCGCCGAGGGGGCCCCCCAGCCCGUUCGCCGCCUGCCCCUGAGCUCUGGCUGGUUGGGGGGCAUCAGCUGCUACCCCAGAGGGCAGCCAACUUGGCACCUGACCCUGCCAGGAAGGGGCACGGAGACCCAGAUCCCAGUCCCUGAGCCAGAUCAGAGGGAGAGGGGGGGCCCAGUUGCCUCCACCUAACCUUUUUUAUGAACCAAAAUCUAAUUGUAAAAUAGCUAGAGGUCUUUAUGUCUAUUUUGUCAGUCUUUGCUCAGGAAAAGGGGUUGAGGGCAGAGCUGGUGGGCCUGCCCUGUGCCUACUCAGGAUAGGGUGGACAGGAGGGGAUUGGGCAGGACCCCGUCAGUCAGGGUCUGGGACCAACAGUGGACGCCCGUGCUGUCUUGUGCGCACUAGGCCAGUGCUGUACAGUAUGUUUCUUUUGUUUGUAAAUAAACUGCAUCCUGUGAAAGCAGC